CCGCGGGCGUGUUCUAAAAAAAAAAAAAAAAAAAAAAAUUUUUUUUAAUUUAUUUUUUUUUUUUUUAAAUUAAAUCUACAUAGAAAAAAACACAAGAUACACUUUCAAUCAGUGCAUCAACCCAAACAACCUCCCCCAUGCACACUCAUCCACACCCACUCACACAAAAGGGGUUAUUUCUUUCUGCUACCAAUAUUCUGGUUCCCACAACAUAGACAACACAUCUGCAAGGGACACAGUCCCUGAAGCACACAUGAUUGUAUAGGCUGCUGGUCCACCACGUUCCCUUUAGAUUUCCGAUCCUUAACAUUUUACAUUUAUCAUAAUUAAGCUUAAGGCCAGAUUGCUGUGAAAAUAUGUCCAAAAGAUUAAGAAGGUUCCGCAAACAAUGAGGAAAAAUCUUAUCUUUGUGAAUCAGCCUUUUCUGACAUGAACUUCAUCAAGAACAAACACAGAACACGCCUCACUGAUGCACAUCUGCAAGACUCACUCAGAGUUGCAGUGUCAAGUUACACACCAGAGUACAACACACUAGUUAACAGCAUGCAAUGCCAGGCUUCCCACUAACUGACAAAGAAACAGAUAACAGAUUUGGUGUCCUGUUCAAAGUGUGACAUGAUUUAAAAAUUUGAGAGUUUACUUUUGUAUUUUACAUGAGUUAUUAUUUGUACAAACAUGGUGCAAAGUAAUUCAUGAUUUGUUAAAAAAUGUUAGUGGCUAGCUAGUUAAAAUGGGAUAUUGUGAUUUCACAAGACUGUCUUAGAAGUGAUCAUUUGAAAAUGUUCAAUUUGAAAAAUGUGCACUUAGAGAAAAUAUAAAAAUAAAGUGUUGCAUAUUGAUAUUUAUCUGUUUCUAUAUAUAUUUAUUGUGAGAAAUCAUUAAGAUGAUCAGUGUUUCCACAAAGAUAAAUAUAAUUAAUUAUUAAUAAUAACAGAGUUAAAGGUAAAUUGAGCAAAUUGGCUACUUCUGGCAAUUUAUUUAAGUGUGUAUCUAACUGGUAGCCCUUCGCAUGAAUCAGUACCCAAGAAGUAGCGCUUGGUUUCAAAAAGGUUGGUGACCCCUGGUGUAAAGCAUCCUAACAUUCUAUUUAGACGUUUUAGCUCUCAACUGAUUUCCUCUUUAGCAAAUGGUUAAGAUUUUAAAGGUUUGCAUUUCAGUCUAACAUCAUCCUUCUCUUUUUGAUGUGGUUCACUACUAACCUAACAAAAUAUAAAUAAAAAAACACCACAAACACUGUUUAAUCCUUUGGUACAAUAGCUUCAUACACAUGUUGCUUGCAAGAAGCUAAAACAAAGAAUGUGAGAUGAGGAAACACAACAGACACAGUCCACUGGCCCGCUUUGCCCAUCAAACAUGUAUAUUCUGUCUAGUUUAGUCCAAAAGUAUCUCAGCUUACAGAAAUAGUUACAGCCAGUUGUUUUGUGCACCUACUACUCCGUGUGUGCACCUUUUUGUAUGGUAGCUGCAGUAUUGUAUCAACAAGUGUCAAACUGGCACGUCUGACAUGUCUACGCUGAUCAUAUUUCUUCUCAAAGGGUAUAUGUUUUUCAGAGUUGCAAAACAGGCCACAGGAAAUAAAUUUAUUAGCAGUGGUUUUAUUCGCUGUUAUGGACAGGCUUAGACUUCUAAAAAAUAAAUAAUUAAAUCCAUCCAAUUAGAUCAAAUGCAAGAUGUGUAGUCCUAACAGUCCUUCUACAAUUAUUCUAAUCCUCAGAUAUGUUUUUGGUACUGAAUAUAUGUGAUAUUGGUUGAUCACUUAUAUUGGGCAAAUAUAAACAUCUCUAACGUGAAUGUACUCAUAGUAAUUUAUAGGUGGUAUUUGGUCACGUGAUAAAGUGGUGGGCCACCACUGCUAUUGUGCAGAAGACAGUGUGUGAACUGAGUACGCAAGGGGCCUAGAUCUUCCUGCAAAAAGCAGAUACGACCAAAAAAUCCAACUAUGCAAUGGAAUAGAUCCCAAUACUUUAUCAAAAGCGAUUUGUGGAGUGAUAUCAAGGAUUAUACGUUGGCCGCGUUCCCAGACAUAUUAACUAUUUUGUGCUCUAGACAUCAUUCUACACGACAAAACAGAUGCAACUUGGAAAAGCAUGGAGGUCUACAACUUCUUUGUGUGUGGCUGGGUCAAGGACAUUGGUAUCAAGACUCUCCCGGACAAAUAUGCAUCGUUUUUGCUCUGCAUGAAGGACACCAAGCGGGCACGACAGUCAGUAUGGUGGCCCAGGCUGAGCCAGCAGCUGAACGAGUUGGUUCUCAACUGCCAAACAUGCUGUAAGGAGAGACAGAACCACAAGGAGACGCUGAUGCCGUCACCAUACCCAGGCCGACCAUGGGAGAAGUUAGGAGCUGAUUUAUUCAUGCUCUGUACCAAGACCUACCUGCUGGUAGUGGACUACAUGUCAAGUGGGGAUUUCUUUGCUGACCUCCAAAAGAUGGAGGGCCUCAGUUCUCCGGAGCAGGCUUCACUGAGUUCGCAGAGUCUUACGGGUUCCGUCACGUUACCAGUAGUCCAAGAUAUCCUCAAGGGCUACCCCUCUCGACAAUGGGUCUAUACCCAUCCAGCUUCUCAUGGGGAGGAGGCUCCGCACAACAGUGCCUAUCCUGCCUGCUUUGCUAAAUCCUGCUCUUCCCGAUAGUGAAGCUGUUAUGCUGAAAGAAGCGGAGAAGAGGACAAAAGAUGCACAACGCUACAACCUGCGACAUCGUGCAAUGAACCUUGACAGACUGAAUCCGGCACAGGACGUGUGGA